UUUAAUAUAGCAGUCCUAUUUAAUACGACUUCAUACUACUAAGUCAACAAGCCGUGAAGCAAUUUUAACUCCUUUCACAGAAGAAAUUGUUGAGACAUGUGGAAAUUUGUACUGAUACUGAGUAUUCUCGGGUUGUUGCGGGGAACUGAAUCUUUGGAUGAGAUCCGAUAUCCUGGUGAUGCCAGUGUAUAUAUUGGUGGAUUUUUUAGUGUUUAUCUUCCUGGACCCAGUGGUUGUUCCAUUACUGCUGAUCCAUAUUCUAUACAGGAAUUUGAAGCUGUGAGAUGGAUCAUAGAUAAACUGAAUAACAACGCAUUUUUAAACGGUGGUGACAAAAUAGGUAUACAUGCUUAUAAAACUUGUGGAAUACCGGAAAUGGCUGUCUCAUCGGCCAUGGACUUAUCACAGACGUAUCCCAACACCUCCCAGUCAGAAUUUCUGUUUGCUUUGCUAAGUCCAACAAAAAGUUCCGAGGCCAAACAUGUUUCUCGUCUGUUCAGUCUCCUACCCGAGAAAGAUCGAUUGCUCAUGUUGAGCUUUGGUGCUACGUCGGAUAAAUUAGCAGACCAAUCUCUCUAUAACAACUUUUACCGAGUUAUUCCACCUGAUAGCGUACAAGUACAAGUAAUGUUGGAGCUAAUGUUGGAAUUGAAAUGGAACUACGUAGGAAUAAUUUAUGAAGAUGACGAUUAUGGUAAAGAUGCAGCUCAACUUCUGAAAACACUGACAUCGGAUAAAGGCAUCUGCGUUCCUGUUUACUCUUCCUUUAAUAACACAAAUAGUGAAGAAAUGUUUGAACUAUUUUUACUGAAUGUUUUGAAUCAUAAACUAGGUGGCAUCAUUUAUAUUGGUUCCGAGAAUUUAAUUACGAAAUUGUUGGAAUUGUUGCAGUCUUCAAGUUUAGUUCUUGACAUUGAAAUAAUUGUAUCAGAAUCCAAUAGACUCAACUCUCUUUAUUUUCGGAGAUAUGGGCAAGCAUACUUUCCCAUUUCUAGAGGAAUAUUGGUAACAAGUGCCCCUAAAAUUGAGUUACAGGAAUUCACUGAAUACUGGAAAAACAUAAAGAACAAAACAUUUUCCCAGUCGUGGAUUAGUGAUGGGAUUCUGGAUUCUGAACAAUCCGUGUAUGUAAAUUACGCUGUAAAAGCAGUUUUGGUUUUAGCUAAUCUGUUGAAGAAACUGAGUCAAAAGUAUUGUGGUGGUAGCAACACAAUUUGUCUAAAACUUCGUCAUUUAUCCAAACAAACAUAUAUUAAUGAAAUGGCCGACAUAAAAAUAAAUCUUACGGCAGAAUUUCCAUACACAUCCCAAAUGUUCCAGAAUACCUUAGCUGAGAAUAUCACUUUCAAAGCCAACAGAGAAAUUAACUACAACUCCGAACCGAAUCGGCAAGAAUACGAAGUCUUUAACUUUCAACAAUGCACUGGAGUUACAAACUGCAGAUUUAUAAAGGUUGGUGAUUACAGACUGGGGACGCUGAGUCUAAACAAAUCUCUCAUAAGUAGUUAUCCUAAGACAGAGAGCCAAGGCCCAUACACCAGACUUUCAUCUGUUCAAUGUCGGAACGGGACCGACUGUAUAAAAUGUAUUCCGUCUGAUAUAUCUGACCAUGUUAUAUUUGUGGAAGGAGAUUGGUACGUUGUGGCGGUUGUCCCUGUAUUUAUACCUGAUGAGACAAACACACUACUCUGCACCAACACAAUCAGAGAUUCUUAUGGGAACGACAUCGCUGAAAGCAUCAAAUUUGCUGUUGAGGAGAUUAACAACCCAAACAACACAUUGAUAUCUUCUAAAAAGAAAGUAGGGUUGAUUGUGAUAAAUGGGUGUGCAUCUGAACUUGUAAUUAAAGACAAACUUUUACGUUUACACAAAGGAACUUAUGAACUCAGACCCGGAAUGAAAAGUUCAGAGAUUAAUCACAGAAUUCUUGGUUAUGUUGGAGGGAUGAGCGGAAGUAUGAGUGCGGCCAUGGCUGAAAUUCUGGCUAAACUUGGUUACGUCCAAGUAUCCUAUGCCUCGACCAGCCCACUUCUCAGCGAUAGAACUCUUUAUCCCUACUUUCUGAGAAUACCUACUGCAGACGACCAACAGGCAAAAGUCGUUAUUGAUAUAGUUACCUCCCUUGGUUCAAACAUCAUCCAGGUUAUUUACACGGAGGGUGCCUAUGGAGGAGGUGCUCAUUCCACAUUGGAGAAACUUGGCAAGGACGCAGAAGUAUGCGUUAUAGGUCAUAAAAUUCCCGUAACCACCGACUACACGUUGUAUAAUGGUUUGCUGGCUAAAUUAAGAGAAACCCCACAAGCUAAGUUAGUGGUGACUUUUGCAAGGUCACAUGUUAUUGAGCAAGUAGUAAAAGCUGUGACUGAGAGAAUGAAGGAAGGUGAGUUCUUAUUUAUUGGAUCAGAAACAUGGGGAAGCAGAGAAAGUGUCAUUCCUGAACAGCAAAGCAAAGUUUAUGGUUCUCUGAGUAUUGCCUUAGAGUUGCCUAACAUUCCAGCAUUCAACUCCUAUCUCGCCAAGCAAAAUAUCAAUAAUCCGUCUGAUCCAUGGCUCCGUCAAUUCUUAGAAAAAAUGGGAAAUUGCAUAUUCACCGGAAGUUUCCAAAGAGCUGGGAAAGACGAAGUCAUUGGUAAAGCCAGAGAGUGUGACUUAGAAAGUUUAGCGAUGUCACUUUAUGACCAAUGGGUACCAUUUGCUGUGGCCUCAACAAAAGCUUUGGUUAAAGGCGUAGAAAAUGUUCUCAGUUCAACAACUUGUGGCCAGCCUGCAACGUCGUGCCCUGAACAAAAUCCCACUCUGUUGGCAGAAUACAUGAAGAAGAAUGUAAAAUUAGAUUUAUAUGGUAAAGGUAGCCAGGAAAGAGUUUUUGAUGACAAUGGUGAUGGUGUUGUCAAAUAUAAAAUAAUGCAUGUUACCUCAGGAGAAAAACCAUAUACACAAGUUGGGUCAUGGUCCAAAUCACAAGGCAUCAUCUUCAAUAAAGAUUCGUUAUAUUACCCCGUUAAAGAUUAUAACGCUGUAUGUCUAACAGAUUAUACAUGCAACAAAUGUUUCCCUGACAAGAUGGAGAAAGCAAGUCCUGAACAGUCCACAGAUUGGAAGAUUCCUGUCCUGGUUGUGUUAGCAUGUCUUUUGGGUAUUUCUGUGGUCAUUAUAGUCAUUCUGUGUUACCGAUCAUCCCUUGAUAGAAAAUUGCAGGACCCACAUUAUGCUGAACCCGAAAACAUGACUGUGUUUAACUUUAGAAAUGAUAAAGGCAGAGAUCUAUCCAAUCAGGUUACUUCAGAUUUAUAUUUAACCGUCCCGUCCAAUAGCGGUUCUGGAUCACCCACCCGUUCGGCAGAUGAACCACAUCAACCACCUCAACCAUGCCGAACAACACCAGCACAGUUAUCAUAGUAAUUAUUAAUAAUGGGAACCAAGAUGGAGUAGGUCAACGACCACGUGACCGCCUUGUGUAGGGAUUUAAUUCCAUCUAUCUUACAUAAUGCAUGUUUCAAAUAUUUCAUUAUUUUUACCCGAUAUAUCAAUGGAUGUAUAAUAUUAUAAUUAUAAUUUAAUUUUCUGAAGGUUGUAGUAAAAAUAAAGUAAGACAGUAAUCCUACUCAUUAUAUUUAGCCCAGUCGGAGCAGAACAGUAGGACGUUAAACUCCAUUUCAUUACUCAUUAUUUUAGCGAUUUUAUUAUUUUCUGGACAUUAGUUUUAGCGAAUUUUAUCUUCAUUCAAAGUAAUCUGACUUAUAAGAAUUUGUUUUUUAUAUUUAAUAAUUUUAUCAUGUAAAAUGCAAAUUAUAUCUAUAUACAUAUAUUUAUAAGAGUUGUAUCCCUUUUAACGAAUGCUAUCUUCAUUGAAGGUAAUCUGCUUUAUAAGAGUUUUGCUUUAUAUUUAAUAAUUUUAUCAUGUAAAAAUACUAAUUAU